AUGACAGCCGAUCACAAUUUACCCCCUGAGAUUCCACUCAUCUCCCUCGUUCAUUCGAGACCCCAAGACGUUCUCCAUGCGCUAUCUACGGUGGGUUUCAUCCACCUUGAUCUCGAGGGCACCGGCAUCACGCAGGCAGAUAUUGACCGGGCCUUCGAGUUGUCGGCGCUUCUCCAUAACGUUCCGCAAGCCGAAAGGUUGGCGUCUCUCAAAGAUGAGCGCGGCAACGGCUACUUUGGAAUGAAGGGCUCCUUAGACGAACGGGCUACUAGAACAGAUCUUAAGGAGAGUUUCGUUUGGGGAAGGUAUAUGGCCUCCGCCGGAGAGAAGGCGACAACUCAAAGCCUACCUCAGGUAAUGAAGGAGUACCAGGACGAGAUCACCAAAUUUGAUCAAAGAUGCUAUGAGGCUUCUCUUCGAGUUCUUGAUAUUCUGUCACGAGCAUUCGACCUUCCAGAGAACUUUUUUCGAAGUACCCACAAAGACGAUGGUUCCAACGGUCUCGCAUUCCUGAAUUAUCCUGCACUGGAAACGCCACCCGCAGGAGAUGACAUUCGGGCUGGGAGCCACAAAGAAGGGAUCUGGAUUAAAUAUAUUGACAAUUUCGGACAGUGGGGCGACGUCACACUUUUAUUUCAAGAACAGAACGGCCAGCCAGGACUUCAGGUCUAUCUGCCAACCGAAAGUGCCAAGAACCAGACCGGUUUACAGCUCAUUCAAGGCGACGUUGAUCUUGAGUCAGGAACCUGGAUAUCUGCACCGAUCAUAGCCAACACUGUUCUGGUAAACGUCGGAUUGACGUUGGAAGGAAUGACGGAUGGUCUCUGUAAGGCCAAUGUGCACCGAGUUAUUUUCCCAAAGUCUGCAAGUACGGAACUGCCCAAAGGUAGAAAGACAAUCGCGUACUUCAGCACACCUAAUCACGACAUUGUGAUGAAUCCUGUCAAACCAGGUGGAAUAAUUGUGGAAAGGGACGGUGUCUCUACCGUAGGUGAGUUCUUUCAGGAGCGAGUUCGGCUUGCAGGCAUUGCAUAG